AUGGAUUCAGUGGAUGAUAACGAUAAGUUGGCCGUUGUUUUGAGACUAAUUGCCAAAGCACACAUCAAAUGGAACAUCCAUAAAUAUCAUCUAAUGGUGAGUGAAUUGUUUUGA